AUGGUAUGCUACAGCUGCAAUAUCCUGUACAGUUGGGAAAAGCGGCAGCAAUACCUCUGUGCUAAACGUUUUGACCAUGCGUCCUUCAACCGUGGCGCAUCUUGGUACUUCUGCCAUGGACGCGCCUUCAUCGACCAAAACAUGGUGGAGGCGUUCCUGCGAGGAUUUGCGAAAGGCUCACGAUAUGGCCCGCAGCUCCAUGAACUAAAUCACAACUGCAAGUCCUUUCACGAAGGCGGGGAUAUUGACAAGAGUCUUGACGCUCGGGUUGUCAGGGAAAAGCUUUUGCUUCACGGUGUCUACAAGCUAUCCGUGUCCUUGUCAGCCCAAUCACCUGAUACUCUGACUUCACCGGUCGACAUCAGCCAAAAUGUCCCGGAAGGGCUUGUGCCUGCCAUUGAUAAGUUCAAGACCAUCGGCUGCGCUCACACUGGAGAUUCACUCCCUGUGGUUAUUCUGGAUGCGUAUGAGCUCCGGGUCGGCUGUUCCGACGGUCGCAUGAGAAGCCUGGAUCUAUUGAACUGCGGUCACUGCGCCACCGACCUGCGAGUUCGAGUGGAACUAGAGUGCGGCGGUACGUGCGUCCAAAUUGAAGUAGAGAUAUGGCAGUCUUUCGGAGCUCGGGAGUCUGACAACAGAAACAAGACCGAGGAUGCACAAUUUUAUGACGAGUGCAGGGCUGAGGAGCCCUUCGAUAUCAACCAUCCUCCUGAUCGGAACCUGGAAGAGAUGUUCAAAGCAGGAGUUGAUGAAGAAUGUGACGUGUUGUGGUCCCCAGAUCAGUCUCGAAGGCAUCAGAGUUGGCUCCAGUUAUGGAGGUGGUACCUUGACCCGUGCACAGGUCAAUUGUACAGAAAUUACGUCCAUAGCAAUGGUGACGGGAGGCCGGCUCGAAUGCAAGAGCAGGCACUGCCCUUGCAAACUGCGGCACAGUGA